AUGGCCCUCCUCGAGAUGAUCGCGGAACGACUGCAACCGGCAGCGACCGCGGUCGCCUCACCCCCCAAGUCCACCAAACCGGUGGCUGACGAACCUCGCGUGGUACAACCAGAAGCCCCUCGCCAGUUAGCCCAAGAACUCGCCCAAAAACGUGCGGACCACAAGGGCAAAAUCGCGGCUGACGACGAGGACGAAGUCGAGGAAAGCGAAGACGAGGCCCAACCGGCCGUCUACGCCCCUCACGCGCUUCCUACCGCUGCGACCGCGACCCCGGACUUCGUCAACAAUCUCGACCCACGAGACGAAUGGCUCCAUGAUGCCAACGAGCUCAUCGAACGAUCUACCUAUCGGGUACAUAUCGGCUCGAUGUGCGAAUUCCCGAAGAGCGAGGGCGUGGGAUUCUCGAAGGAAGACCUCUCCCACGUCACUAAUCUUCGGAAGACGUUCAAGGCACAGAAGACCCUUCUCCGCCUGUGCGUACUCAUGGCGCAACGCCACGAGGAACUCGCCGACGAGAUCGGCACCUUCGCCACGGCGACCCUCUACGUGAUGAAGACCAUCCUCGACGCCCGCGACCAGAUGCUCAUCCGUCGCAAGUACGGCGAGGAGACGCUACAACAGUUCAACGCGCUCCCCGGCUCAUCACUACACGGAGAACGGCGCACCCGCCUCAUGGACGCCAUCACGCUCGCCAAGGCGGCCGCGAAAACCUCCAACUCCAAGCGCGGCUCAGGAACGGGCCAGGCGCAACACCGAUCGAAACCUCAAUCCAACAAGUACACGAAGCCAUUCAACAAGAGCACAUCAACCAAGAGCCACGGUGCCAGCGCGGGCACCAAUGCGAACUAG